AGCAAGAGGGGGUUGCAGGCAGUAGCUCAGCAGUCACUCUCUGGAGAAAAAAGGAGUUUAGAUUGGGAUAAGGAAGCAUUCUAGGGGGAAGAGUAGGCCCUGGGAUCCUGCCCUGGUCUACAAGAGUCUGGCAGAGGCCGAGAGGAGUGAAGUAGCUUCUGAGAGCGGAGGAGGCUCUGACUGGUAAAGUUAGAAGUGUGCCAGGAGAUAGAGAUGUGGGGAAGGAAGGAGCCCAGGGAAAUAGCAACAUGGUAUUAGAUUGAGUGGACUGUGGUUACUAGGCAGUUCCCUGGGUUGGAACUCAGAGUAGUGGGCGGGCCUGGGUUCCCCUGCCAGUCACUGGGAAAGUGACUACACUACAGACAACUGCCUGAUACAACGUGGGACAGCUUGCCCAGGGGGACUCUGAACCCCCGGGAGGGGAGGACUGAAUAGUGACCUGGCUGGAGUCAUGAAGAGGGAACACCCUGAGUCCCAGAGUGAGAGGGGGCCACAGUGCGAGGAACCGACAGAAGGGGGUGCCAGACCAGGCGAGAGCUAAUCCCCAGGCCCCAGCAGCUUUAACACACCAUCAGUGCCUUGUUAGUGUGCCAUGCGCUGUGAGAUAUCUCUUCUCUUUGUGUGUGACUGUGAGUGUUUCCCUUGUGUUUGAAUUUAUUCAAUACAACCUUGAGCUUCAUAAUGGAUACCAUGAGUAAAGAGAAAAAUAGAAUCAAAGCACAGAGUUUUCAACACUGAAUGGACGAAUAAAUUCUUAUGUACUGUUCCAAAGGCAAAAUGCUGUGCCUCGUGUGUCGCAAAAUGUUAGCCGUUCCAAAAGAAUACAACCUUCGGCGGCACUUUGAGACUAAACAUCCCAAUCUCACCAAAUUGAACCCCAAUGAAAAAAUAAUUUUGAGCCUUUCUUGACGGGAUAGACGCCGAGUGCAGUGACUAAAUCUACCAUACGGAAGUGAGGUGGUUGAGUCGAGGAAGAGUGCUCCAGUCUUUUGUUGCUUUGAAAGAGGAGGUAGCAAAAUUCCUUGAAAAUGGGCCAAUAAAAUUCCCAGAGCUUGAAAAUGAGUCCUGGAAUCAAGAUCUCUUUUUCUUUUGUGAUAUUACAGCACAACUGAAUGAUCUCAACAUUCAACUUCAGGGGAAAAAAAUCAAUGUAUAUUUCAAAUUUGUGCAGCAGUGAAAACUUUCAAAAUGAAAUUGAAACUUUUCAGAAGUCAGCUGUCAAAAGGUGAAAUGUGUCACUUUCCCACUUGUGCACAGCACAUUCCUCAGCACAAACACGCUGAGUUAGAAGAAAAAUACGCAAAGCACGUGAAUCUUUUGAUUGAAGAAUUUGACGGAAGACUUACUUUGUCUAAAGAAGAAGACGUCCAGUUGAAGCUGAUUGAAGAUCCCUUUUCUGUGGAUCCAGAGGAAGUGCCACUAGAUUUGCAGUUGGAGGUUAUCGAACUUCAAUGUUCAGCAGUUUACCGAAAUAAGCACAGAGAAAGCAGCCUGCGGGACUUCUACAAAAGUCUGGACAAUGAAAAAUACAAGAAUCUUAUCGAAGUUGCGCUGAAAACAUUCAGCAUUUUUGGAAGCACUUACAUAUGUGAACGAACGUUUUGCAUCAUGAACAUGAAUAAAAACAGGCAACGUUCUUCUCUGACUGACGACCAUUUGGAAGACAUUAUGAAAACAUCCGCUUCAAAUAUGACCCCCGAAUAUGACAAGCUUGUUGCCGAAAAGAGAUGUACUAUCUCUCAUUAAAUUUGCAAGGUAACUAUGAAAAGUACAAAUGUUUUCUUUCAACGGAACAGGUGUCUUUCAUUUUUCCAUGAUUCAUAAAAAAAAUUAAAAUUAAAAAAAAAGUUUGCUUUAAUU